AACACACUUCGGCAAAGAAAACAUUUCGAAUUGUGUGUUUAUUACACUUCACCGAAAAUUUACAAUAAUUUAUUUAAUUAGACAAUUUUGUUCAUAAAUUAACGAAAAUGAAUUCGUUGAGACGUUCUCUGCCAAGGCUAACAUCGAAUUUGCAAAACAUCUGCAAAUUUUCACAACAGCGAUGGAUUUCAAACCGGGACGACGUUCGGAAAUAUCAAAAUGAAUUGUUCGACUUGGAAAAGAAGCGACAACAUGAUGCAGUGGGUCGUAUAGAAAAAAUUGAAGUACGUUACUUGGGCUUACCAGAAGAUACUACACUUAUUAUGAACAAAAACCUGUCGACACCGUACAAUUGUGCACAACAUUUAUCCGAUAUUCAUUGCAAUCGUUCGGCAAUAGCUCUAAUUGAUGGUGUAGUUCCAUGGGAUAUGCACAGACCAUUUGAAGAUUCAUGUACAUUGCAGUUAUUGAAUUUCACAGUGGCUGAACCGUACCUUGCCAAUCGUGCAUUUUGGCGUUCCUGUUCAUUUAUGUUGGGCGCUGCUUUGUCAAAUGUCUUCAAAGACACCGUCGAUGUUCAGUUGCACAGUUUCCCAUCGCCAAAUGUUAAAUCUGGCAGUUUUGUCUAUGACAUUUCCCUGAACCAUCAGGAUUGUACACCAAACAAAGAAGAGCUUCGAACAAUUUCGGCUGAAAUGGUAAAAAUGGCAGCAAAAGACUUGAAAUUCGAGCGUCUGGAGGUGGUGCAUGAUUUAGCAUUCGAAAUAUUCAAAAAUUGCCCAUUUAAACGUGAACAAUUGCCAAGCAUCUCACGAGACGGUUCAGUCAUUAUUUAUCGAGUUGGAGAUCAUAUUGACAUUAGUCGUGGACCAAUGAUGGGCUCAACAGCAUUACUCGGCCGAUGUACAAUUGGUGCUGCAUUCAAAAUAGCCGAUAUUAACAGUACAGACAGUUUUUAUCGGGUACAAGGAGUCGCAUUACCCAAAGAAAUUGUCAUGAAUCACUAUGCAUUUAGUAUCUUAGAAAAUCGUAUUAAAGAAAUGAACCCAGCACGUUUACCGACCGAACCAGCAGACAAAUAUGAACGGAGAUAUGGAAAACUGGCUUAAGCAAUGUCAUAGACAUUUCAUUUCAAAUAUCCAAUCGUUUUGUUAGAUUAUUUUUUAAGAAUAUUUCAAAUAAAAAAAUGACAAAAUUUA